AUGACUUUGGUGGUGGAUGAACAUAAGAUGAAUGAUAAAUUUCCUAUUGGAAUGAGAGUUCUUGCUGUUGAUGAUGACAGAACUUGUCUCAUGAUUUUGGAGAAACUUCUCCUAAAGUGUCAAUAUCACGUAACUACGGCUAAAAAUGCGAUAGACGCGCUGAAUUUGUUGAGAGAAAACAAAAAGAAUUUUGACUUAGUAAUCAAUAAUGUUCAUAUGGCAGACAUGGAUGGAUUUAAGCUUCUUGAGCUUAUUGGACUUGAGAUGGAUUUACCUGUCAUUAUGUUUUCUGCGAAUGAUGAUCCGAAGAUGGUGAUGAAAGGAAUUACUCAUGGUGCUUGUGAUUAUCUGCUGAAACCUGUUAGAUUGAAAGAGGUGCAAAUUAUUUGGCAGCAUGUGAUUCGGAAGAAGAAAGGUAAAAGAAGCAAUUCGGAUAGCAUAAAUGGAAUAGAUUCGGCUGUGACAGGAAGUUCGGAUCAAAAUGUGAAGCCAUAUAGAAAAAGAAAGGAUAAGAAUGAAAACAAAGAUGAGGAAGAGAAUGAAGAUGAUGAUGACGACGAUGAGGAUCCAUCGGCGCAGAAGAAGCCUCGAGUUGUUUGGAAUGCUGACAUGCACCACAUGUUUGUUUCGGCUGUUAAUCAAUUAGGCAUUGACAAGGCUGUGCCGAAAAAGAUUCUUGAUUUGAUGAAUGUUGAAAAGCUUACAAGGGAGAAUGUGGCCAUCCAUCUUCAGAAAUAUAGACUCUAUCUGAAAAAAGUCAGUUGUGGGGAAAACCAACAAGCUAAUAUGUCAGCAGCCUUAGGAAGUUCUGCAGAUACAUCCUUUUUCAGAAUGAAUUCUCUCAAUGGAGUUGGAGGACAUUUGCCAACAAUGAAUGGCGGCUCUACGCAGUUUCACAAUAAUCUAUUCAGACCCUUUCAAUCAAGCGGCAUGAGUAACAACAGGCUGAACACACCUGCUAGUGUCAAUAUUCAAGGAUCUUUCUAA